AUUGAGGUGUAUAAAAACGGGCUAGGCUCAGUGCCAUGAGUAUCACAGAGAGAGAGAGAAGCUUAUCACAGAGAGAGAGAGAAGCUCCUUCAGCCUGGACACAAUGAGUAGGAUCAUCUUCUACGAGGAUAAGAACUUCGGGGGGCGCUCCUAUGAGUGCAGCAGCGACUGCGCCGACAUGCACUCCUACUUCAGCCGCUGCAACUCCAUCCGAGUGGAGAGCGGCUGCUGGGUCCUGUACGAGCGCCCCAACUACAUGGGCUACCAGUACGUCCUGACCCGGGGCGAGUAUCCCGACUACCAGCGCUGGAUGGGCUUCAACGACUCCAUCCGGUCCUGCCGCACCUUCACCUAUACCAGCGGAGGGCCCUACCGCCUGAGGAUCUACGAGAGGAGUGACUUCGGGGGCCAGAUGAUGGAGUUCACCGACGACUGCGAGUCGGUCCACGACCGCUUCCGUUUCCGUGACAUCCACUCCUGCAACGUGAUGGACGGCUACUGGACCUUCUACGAGCAGCCCAGCUACAGAGGCAGGCAGUACUUCAUGAGGCCCGGAGAGUACAGGAGGUUCAGCGACUGGGGCGCCAACUGCGCUGCCACCGGCUCUUUCCGAAGGAUCACGGAUUUUUAGAAGAGUUUUAAAUCAGCCGCAGUCUUUAGCAGUGCUGGCGUGCGAAUAAAAAAGAUUUCAAAUCAA